AUGGUCGGGGAAGAUGACCAGCUUUCGACCGAAUGGGUUUCGGUCAUCGUUGGAGAGGUUGGAUUCGAUCUUGCAUUUCAUCUGCAUCAAUUUAGUUUCCUGCUCAAUGGAUCCCCGACAGAUAGAUUCAGAGUCAAAAGGGGCCUUAGACAAGGUUGCCUGUCUCCUUUCCUGUUUAACAUUGUUGCUGAAGGUUUGAGCUCAAUUAUCUCAAAAGCCGCUUCCCUUGGUUUCUUUGACGGAAUUUCUAUUGGUCAGGAAAAUUUGACGAUCACCCUCCUUCAAUUUGCGGAUGAUUUAAUCAUCUUCUGUGGAGAUGGCAUCACUCAGGUUCAAAAUACUAAGCGUCUCCUUCGAUGCUUCAAACUCGCGUUUGGAUUAAAGCUAAAUUUAAAGAAAUCAACUCUGCUUGGUGUUAAUGUGGAUGAGGCGGUGAUUCUUUCUUGGUCAAGACUACUUAAUUGCUUAAUGAGUUCUCUUCCAACCUCCCCUUGGGACAACCGAGGAAUUCAACGGCUUUGUGGAGACCGAUCUUAG